AAUGCAAAACAGUCGAGAAAUUGAAACGCGGCUAUCUGUGCGAUACGUCCAACCCAAAUACACACAAACACAUACAUACAGCGACGAAACCCAAACGUCUCGAGGUCCAAAUACAUAUAGAAAAACACAUCGUAUUCCCCUCUUUAUUCUUAUUUUUUUUGGGUUGCUCCGUCGAUUAGCAAGUGAACAAGCUCGAAAGCGCGUUGAGCAGAACAGAACAAAAAAGAACCGAACGGUAUACGAGAUUCGAGACCCAAGAGUCCCAAGCUAGCGAAGCAACCAACCACCAACCAAAUAAUAACCACCAAACCAACACCGUACAAAAAUGGCUGAGGCUAACAAGAGGAAUAUCCCCAUCAAGCUGGGCGACUUCAGCGUCAUCGACACGGAGUUCAGCAACAUCCGCGAGCGUUUUGAUUCCGAGAUGCGUAAAAUGGAGGAGGAGAUGGCCAAGUUCCGCCACGAGCUGAUGAAUCGCGAGGCUAACUUCUUUGAGUCCACCAGCUCUACUAAAAAAACAACAACUACCAGCUCAACGACAAACUCGGCUCUGCCAUCCCGAAUCCCAAAGCAACAGAACUACGUUUCCGAUAUUAGCUCACCCUUGAUUCAGGAUGAGGGCGAUAACAAAGUGCUGAAGCUGCGUUUCGAUGUGAGCCAGUAUGCUCCCGAGGAAAUUGUGGUGAAAACCGUCGAUCAAAAACUAUUGGUGCACGCCAAGCACGAGGAAAAGUCGGACACAAAGAGCGUGUACAGGGAAUAUAACCGAGAGUUCCUGCUGCCUAAGGGCGUCAAUCCCGAGUCCAUCCGCUCGUCCCUCAGCAAGGACGGAGUCCUCACCGUGGAUGCCCCCCUGCCAGCACUCACUGCCGGCGAGACACUGAUUCCCAUUGCGCACAAGUGAAGAUCCUUAACCCAGCCCACUUAUCCAAUCACCACGGCCUGGCCCCAGGCGGAGAAGGAGUCGAAGGCUACCGCUGAUCAGAUUAAAUCAUACCACACAUUGAGUUUAAUCCAAUCCUAUCUAAAUGAUUAAUUUUUUUUUGGUUCUGACGUAAAGCUAAACUAUGUUACUGACUUACUACUCAUUAACUUAAAUAUAAUUCAAAUUAUUAUUAAAUUUGAUUAAUUUAAUUCAUAUUUAUAAUUUUCGCAUUAAACGUAAUCAAUUUUGUCGUAGUUCUCCCCUGCAUUGGUUUUCCUUUCCUUUCCUUACAUCAAAAAAUAAAUCAAGAUUUAUCCAACUGAUUGGAUUUUGGUCAGUAUAAUGGGGAUUAUUGGCUAAAUUCCCCAAGCAAAUAUAUUUUAACUGCGGUUUCUAAAUAAUAUUUCGCUAAAUCUUU